AGGGGGUGUGGCAAAGCUGGAAAAGAUUGUGGACCACCAAAACAGACACGUUUACUAAGAACUGGAGCUGCUCUCAGGCUGCUAAGAUCUGAUUGAAGAGAACAAGAAAUAUCCAGGGGCUUUAAAAAUGGCCUACUUACUCAUUUUUGUCACCAUGCUGCACCUCAUCACGCUGGCCAUGCUGUUUAUUGCAACCAUGGAAAAGUCUUGGUGGGUGUGGAAUCCCACAGAAAGUUCAGACCUUUGGUACAACUGUAGGUUUGACAACUCUACAGGAACCUGGCUAUGCGCAACCACCAAAGAAACAGAGUGGCUUCAGGCUGUACAGGUCCUCAUGAUUCUCUCAGUGGUCUUCUCCUCAGUCUCCUUCUUGGUGUUCUUGGGCCAGCUGUUCACUAUGUCAAAGGGCGGACUGUUCUACUUCACAGGACUGUGUCAGGUCUUUGCAGGUCUGACUGCUUUUUCUGCCGCACUAAUCUACACUCUGCACAAUAAGGAAAUCCUCCCAGACUCAAAAAGCCCGACAUCAGGAGACUUUGGCUAUUGCUAUAUCUUGGCCUGGGUGUGCGUCCCUUUGUUGUUGUGUAGCGGAGUAAUGUAUAUCCACCUGCGUAAGAAGGAAUGACCAGACAAAGAAGAUCGGCAUUGGCAGCUUUAAGAUUAAUGGAACUCAGUUCAGAUUUUUGGAAACGCAGCUUUUGAAAAAGCAAAAUGACAUAAGGGCUCACUCUUUACCUAAUGUUUUAAUUGUAUCUGUAUAUAUUAAAGCAAAACAUAUAUUUGACUGAACCAGCUAUUCUGCUCUGAGCUCUCGACUUGUACGACAUCUGCUUUAAUAGAACAUUUUUGUAACCUUUUCCCUCAAACUUUUUAUGUAAAAUGCCUUUUUGCUAAAUCUUCAAAUAAAUAUCACAAAAAGGAAAGACUAAAACUCUUAUUUUCAAUAGAAAAAUCCACAGGAUGUUAAGGCAGUAAAAAAUUGUCCAAAGUUAAAAUCUAGAGAAGUGCAGGAAAUGGGUGCAUCUUGGGGUCACCAGGUCUCCAUAACAACCAUUAGAUGAUAUCUAAAAUCCAAACAGUUGUUCGGAUGUUGUGUCCAAAAAUAUAAAGAAGCCUUUUUUUUUUCUGGGACCAUAACCGGAAUUGUGUACUUUACUAAAAUGAGAAUAAGGCUGAGCUUCUUAGCAACACACACUCCAUGUUGGUUUAAUUUAACACAUUAGGUGGUUUUCAGUCCUGGAGCCACAGCAAGAUGAAAAGACAGAGCAAGGAUAGAUGUCUGUCCUGGGGGUGGGAUCUCAGUGUCAUCCAGGUUUUAGACCUGAUUUCCAUUAGAAAAUAUACAAUUAAUACUAAUUAUUAUAAAAAUAAAUCAAGAAUAACCACAGUUAUCAGAUCUGUAGAUAUUACUAAAUACUUUGUUCUGCAAAAUGGACUCUCCUGCAGUACCUCCACGACCCACUAGGGGUCACGACUCCCACAUUGUAGACCUCUGCAGGAUAAAUAUAGCAGUGUAAAACAUUUUUUAUCCUCCUUAGAGAUUUCUUCUCUUUUUUUUCUGCAACUCUUACUAUGUUUCAGAUCAUCAUUCUUAAGUAUAAUUUCAGACAAAAAAAGUUCAAUUUAUAACUGAAAAACUGUAUAAAGUCAACCUGGACCUGUGUGAGAAUAUGUGUUUUUUCCA